AUGAUGGAAAGUGGAGAAGAUUGCAUAAAACUGCAGGCAACUGAUGGUCGAUUAGUAAAUUUGCCGAAAUCAUCCUUAGUGCUAUCGGAAACAAUAAAAGAAUUAAUAGAAAAUGUCUCUUAUGAUGGCAAUUUACCAAUUCCGUUAUAUAUAGUGGAUUAUGAAACGUUGGAAAGACUCGUUUCAUGGAUGAUUUGUUUUGAGAAAUCUAAAGGUGUCGACUUCCAAAAUGAUGAUGUAAAGGUUGAUGAAAUAAGAAAUUAUCUGAACUUACAUGAUGAUUUAAGUCUUGAAGAAAAAGAACAGAUAAAGCGUGAAUCUGAUUGGACCAGCAAAUAUUUAGUACGGUAA